UUAUCUUUUAUUGUUGUGUAUUUUAUCUCUGCCUGUAAAGUGUCCUUGAGUGUUUAGAAAGGCGCUGUUGAAAUAAAAUGUAUUAUUAUUAUUAGUUUUCAGCUUUAGGGGGUUUAAAGUUAUUGUUUCACCACAAGGAGGCUGCAGCCCCACUUUACCUGUUAAAUCCACAAAUGUGUGAGGAACAGCUUUGUGAUCUGUCCUUGUGAAGUCAGCAUGAAUGAGUGCUAAUCUUUCUCCUGCACUAAUGUCAGCUUCUCCAUCUUCUCCUGUGGUCCUAACACUGCCCAGUGGUGUCACAUCUUAUCUUAGUUAAUUAUUUACAACAAACCAAGAUGCAUUUUAUUGACUUCAUAAACUAUUUAAUAAUCUGACCAUUUCAGUCAGAAGCCACAUCAUUCUGACCCCCCCCCCCCCCCCCCCCAUGUUUACGUGACUAACGGGAUGCAAAGCAGGUUAACCUGUGACUUGUUCUCUUGGCUGUAAGCAUUCAGAGUUACUCAGUGUUCAUGCAGCUGAACUCACUGUUCCAUGCGGGACACAGGUUGUCCCAGCUUGAGUGUUUACACACUCAGAGAGCUCAUGCACCAACAAGGACGUCAAGACCGCUGGACCAACAUGGUUGGACAACGACCUGAGUUAGAGACCAACAAUGAUGCUCCACGGCCACAGCUGUCUGAGAGUUUGUUGGAUGGCGAGAAGACUGCAGCGGCCUUGUUGCUAUCCGGAGUCCUCCUCGCUAUGGUGGGUGUCACCUUCACUUCGAUGGGCUGGCAAUACUACCAAGCUAACCUCAGCUUCCAGUGGACUCAGCUUCUGGGCCCUAUCCUGAUCUCAGUUGGUGGUACCUUCUUGCUCACCAGCGUCUGCAAGUUGAGGUUCCUUUCUUGCUGCAGACAGCAGGAAGAGGAGGUUUAUGUGAUACCCGUCAGAGAACAAGGCUCUGGAGGACACCCUGUAGUGGUUCGCAGCAUUAAUUCACCAGAGAUGCUCCCGAGUGCUGCUGCAAUGCUUUGCAUUCCACCAACUUACAGCUUCAUUACCCAGGAACUGUACCAAGGAAAUCAGCUGCAGCCUGGUACGACUGUGAGUGGAGUUAACACGGGCCCUCCGACUUAUGACACUGUUUGCUGUGCAGGAAAUGCUGGAUUCACUGCAGAAGACAGCGCAGCCCACACCUCACAAACAGGCCAGAGGAUAAGCCGAAUACAGAAGACGGAAAGGGAACAAGGACGUCUAGACGAGAGCAACUCCACCUGUCGACAUCCACCUGCGUAUGAAGAACUCUUCCCUUCUAGUCAAAAACACAAUCCUACAUGAAC